GUGCUGGCCUGAUGUUACAUGUGGCUCGUGCGGUAAGAUAUUGUCGGCUUUCCCCACCACUCCGUUAAACGCUAAGGAAGUUCGUCGUUACUAAUGUUAACGUCGAUGCACGCAAUUAUGCCAAAUCUGGUCACGGUGCACGGGAUUGUGAACAUAAAUGGUGAAGUACCGCACGUGGUCCAUUAUAGUAAGAAUGUAACUCCGUUGUGAAUUGUUAGAGUCAUAAUAAACCAUAUGUUUCAUCUUGGUGAAUUUGUUUCAUAAUCAUUGAUUGCUGACUUUGACAGGAAUAUUUAUAUUAAUACUGGGAAAUGUAUGAAACAAACUUUGAUGAUAUGGGUUAAGAAGAGUCUGUAUUAAAUUUAAUUUAAAGAAAUAAUCUUUUCAUCUUAUGUCGACAACAUUAUUAUUUCGUGUAAUAAAUGCACAAUUCUAGAGGUUUAUUGUAAGAUAAUUUCUUUUGAUCCACUUACCUCUUUGAGAGAAAUAUUUUUAAAAACAUAUGUAUAAUAGACUUGUCUUACAAACUUUGCCGAAUUUGUAACAACAUUCAGAAGAAAUUAAUAUUUAUUCCAUCUAAUUAAAAAGUUGCGAUUAAUAUUUCUUAUUUAGUAUACUUUAAUAUGAUAGAAUCUAUAACAUUGGAGUUAAGACCUAGACUUCAGAUAUGCAAUGUUUUCAUUCAUUUAGACAAAGAAGUAAACUCAACAAAAGUUAGAAUAAAGCUUUUAGAAGAAAGUAUAGAGAUAACAAUAGAGAAUAAUACGUUAAAGUUUCUAACAAAAUUGAUAAAAUUAAUACCAAAUUCAUUGUCUGCGUUAAAUAUAGUGAAUGAUUGGAUUUGUUUCCGUGUGCAAACAGGAUCAAAUUCUAUUUUUGGAUCGUUUCAAACAGAAAUACUUACUAAUUCUGCGCCAAAGAUUAAUUCUAUAAAAGAUUCUUUAGAAAAUUAUUAUUUAGAAAACACUGAAUUACUUAAUGCAUCUGAUUGCAAUAUAUUAUGUACAUAUUGUAAAACCAUUCUUUCUAAAAAAAUACUUGUCGAAAGGGUAUUACCUGUACCAGAUACGAACUAUGAUCCAAGCGAAUGGUUUUGCUGUAAUCACAAUCGUGUUAAUAUUACACAAAAUUUGACGCCGUUAGAAUCUGACAUCUUUUAUGGACCACUAUUCUUUGUUCUUCAUACAAAUUUGUUUAAUGACAAUUUAAAAAUAGAUGGAAAUACUGUCAUUUGUAACAGGUGCUUACAAUAUUUAGGAAAAGUUGAUACAAAUAAUUCGCUUAAACUGUGGAGUUGUUCUAUAGAUUACAAUUUAUUAAGCAAUUCAAAAACAAAAAAUGCAACAGAUCCUUUCGAUGAUUUUUUAAUAGCUAUUAAAACUUCUAUGACUGGUAUAUUUGGCGAAGAAAUAAUUUUACAAUCUUCUGUAGGGAAAAAUAAUCAUUGCCUUAUUCUAAAACCAAUGGACUGGCACUUGAAUUUAAUGAUAGAGCCUAAAACAAUUUCAAAUAAUAAUAUUAUAACCUUGCAAACAGUAUCCAUUGUUAAAGUAUUAUACAAAUACGAGACAAAUAAAAGUAUCAUCGAUUCUACAAAUAAAACAUAUUGUGAAGUAGGUUUCCUAGUGAUGAAAGCAGGCUUAGAGCAUUUAUUAUUGUCAACAAAACGAUUUCCACAACUUCAUAGAGCUGUCUCUGAUUAUUAUAUUGGACAUAUAUAUUUGGAAAAACUUACAGAUGAUACUUAA